AUGGUGCCAAAUGAGGCGUUCCAGAAACUCUUGUACGAUCUGUUCUGCCUCUGGCACGGCGUACAAAGGCAUUAUGAUCCGCCGAUAACGGAUUCAGAAGAACAGAGAAUGGACAAGGUAUGAAAGAAAAAUGGGAAAAAUGAUCAGAAAAUUGAUUUUAUUGAAAAUUUCAGCACAAAAUUCAUCAAAAAGUCGGGUCUGUUUCCAGGAAAAAUGUAGAAGCCUAUAUUUAUUUGAUAAAGUGAUAAGGAAGAUAACAAUCAUAACAAAGGGCUAUAGAAAAUCAAAAAGCUCACGAGAAAAACCCUAUUUUUUUUUCGAAUAAUGUUGAUUUUUUUCCGAUUCUUUUGACCUCCAAAAAUAAACGUUUCAGGUGAAAAACGCGAUUUGCAAGCUUCUGACGGAAAUCGACGGCCGUGUAAAUCGGAUCAAGCAGAACACUUCCUUGGAACUGAAAACACAGGUAUUUUUUGAAAAUUUUUGGGAAAAGGAGAUUUUUUCAUGAAAAUUCAGUUUUUUAGUCGAUAUUUUUCACUGUUUCUCGUUAAACUAGCUCUCAGAAUCAUCGAAAAACUUGCUUUUUUCCGAUUUUCAAGCUUAUUUUACAUAACCAAGACCGAAGAACAGUCGAAAUUUGGAUUUUUCCUUCUUCUAAAUUUUGAAAAUUGUGAAACAUUAGUUUAACUUCUUGCAAAAAAUUUUCAUGACACGUUUUUUUGGAUAUGAGAAGCGUAGGAAAUGUUAGAAAAAAAGUUUAAGCUAAUCAAAAAAAUCUUUUAAAGGAGCAGGGGAAAAUUUUUAAUACUGGUCUCGAAGCGAAGAGAAACGUAGAAAAAAUCUUUCAAAGAUCUUUGUUUGGGUGUUUUAAAGGAGCAGGGGAAAAUUUACAUACUGGUAUCGAGGCGAAGAGCCAUUUUUCACGGUUUUAAAGUCCUGAAAGUUUAUUACGUCUUUCAAACUCACAAGGAGGACUUGGGAAGAGUACAAGCGUGAAAAAUUAUUUUAAAAAACAGUUCGUUCCAAGAUUCCUAUUGGGGUGUUUUAAAGGAGCAGGGGAAAAUCUACAUACUGUUAUCGAGGCGAAAAGUCAUUUUUCACGGGUUUUAAAGUCCUGAAAGUUUAUUACGUCUUUCAAACUUCGCAGCGAGGAUUUUCGAAUAGAAGAAGGGUAUAAUAAAAAAAUAUUUAAAAAAAUAAAAUUCGUUCUAAGACCCUUUCAGGGGUAUUUUUAAAGGAGCAGAGGCAAAUUUCAGAAAGGUCUCGAGACGAAGAGUCAUUUUUUUCAGGUUAUUUAAAGUCAUUAAAGGUUGUAGAGUCAUUUAACUUCAUAGCAAGGAUUUUUUUGAAAAGAAGAAGGAUAGAAAAAAAUGAUUUUUAAAGAACAAAGUCCGUUCAAAAAAAUUUAAAGGAGCAGAGGCCAAUUUAAAAAUUGUCUUGAGGCGAAGAGCCAUUUUUUUGGGUUAUUUGAAGUCAAGAAAGGUUCAUGCGUACUCCCAGAAGGGAUUUUUGAACAGCUUUUGUUUUUGUUUUGAAAAUUCAGAAUUUUAGGGGCUCAAAAAAAAUUUUUCAUGUCUUCACCUGAGCUCUGCGCCUUCAAAAACCUCAGAAACUUGUCCUUAUUGGAAUUUUUCCAGGAUUUCUAUGAGGAAUGGACGAUGCUCACCUGGAACGUCUUGUGCAUCACCAGCCGGAUGCAGAACAGCUUGAGCCAGGUGAGCCGCGACGCGUCGCCCCGCCCACUUUGAUUUUAUCCAGGUCGUCGUGUCGAACGAGGACAAGAUGAUCUACUCGAGGCUCAAUCAAGCUCUCGUCGAACUCGUCAAUUAUUCCAGGUUUUCAGAAAAAAAAAAAUCUUUGGAAAGGUUGGAAAAUUCCCAGGGAGUUCCUGCCGUUCCCGGAGAGCAGCUUGGACCAGGAAUACGGGUUUUUGAAGGAGAAAAUGAGCGAGACCAUGAUGAACCUGCACAACUUGUACAGGUGGGAAUGGGAUUUCAAAAAAAUGUGAAUUUUGAAGGAGCAUAGCCUACAGUAUGACUCAUCGCGAAAUUAUUUUCAGAAAUCUUUAAAGAUAUUCCAAACUAAUUGAAAUUCUAGAAAAAAUGGUAGAGAAGUGAAUGGACUUAUACUUUUUUCGUAAUCUGCAAAAGAGCGAAAAUUUGAUGACGUCACCUGGAAUCAAAAAUGACGUCACUAGAUUGGAAGAUGACGUCACUAAGAAUAGAGAGUGACAUCACUUAGAUUGAAAAAAAUGACUUCAAUUUUAAUAGAAAAUGACGUCACUCGAAAUCAAAAAUGACGUCACUGGAAUGAAGAUGACGUCAAUUGGAAAGAAAAAUGACGUCACCGGGAUAGAAAAUGACUUCACUGGAAUGAAAAAUGACGUCACUAUAGUGAAAAAUGACGUCACUGGAAAAGAAAAUGACGUCACUCGGAAUGGAAAGUGACGUCGCUCAGAUUGAAAAAUGACUUCAAUUGGAAUGGAAAAUGACGUCACUGGAAAAGAAAAUCACGUCACUCGGAAGGAAAAAUGACGUCACUUGGUAAAGAAAAUGACGUCACUUGGAGUGAAAAAUGACGUCACUAAAGUGAAAAAUGACGUCACUAAAGUGAAAGACGACGUUACUGAAAUGAAAAAUGACGUCACUCGAAUAGAAAAUGACGUCAUUCGAAAUGGAAAAUGACGUCAUCACUCUCGGAUACAUUUUGUAGCUCUAGGAUCUCUAUGGAACUUUCUGACCAAAAAUUCAUCUAGUUCGACACUUUACAGUGAAAUUUUUAAAUGUAGCUAGUUUGAUGACGUCACUUAGAAGGAAGAAUGACGUCAUCAACAAUUCUUUCAGUCGCUUGUUUAGGAUCUCUAUUGGAUUUUUUGAGAAAUGAUUUUUUGCGUUUUCUAUUUAAUUCUCCAGCCUAUCUUAUUUCUCAUGCCAGAACAAUGAUCGUAACGAUGAUUUUCAACAGCCCAACCAAGGAAUCCGAAAUUUUCAGACAAAUGAACUCGGAGUUCAUCCAAACGCCGGACGACGUCGAACAGUUCCGACUGAUGCUGCAGCAAUUCGGCGAGCAAGUCCUGAUUCCCUGCAUCGAGCUCUUCAAGGGAUACUGUAACAAGCGGUGCCAGGAGCUCUGGACGACCGUCCGUGGGGCGCAGAUUCAGCGAAUGCGCGACCAAGGCCCCCUCCCCGACGACCCCGUCACCAACCUCGUCUCCUUCUACUCACAGAUGAUGUACGUCUUGGCCGUCCUUGGAGCCCGACUCCAAGGCUUCCGCUACGACCUGACCAUGAACAAAAAGGUCUCGAAGAGAAUAUGACAAGGGUUACGGUGGCUUUCCUUCAGAUGUUCGGAACCUUCGACCCGGUCUUGCCACUCUCCGAAGCCGUCUUUUCCGCCUUGGAGUUGCUCAUGUCGAACUGCGUCCUGGCCACGGAGCCGUCGACCUGCGCCAUUUUGGUCACGAAUAAUUUGUUCAGGUAUGAGGGGGUUGUAAAAGGCGGACGUUUUUAAAGUCACUGUUUGAAUCUUUUGACUCGCUUCCCAAUGGUAAAAAAUCAGAAAGAAGGUCACACAGAACAUUUUUAAUCUUUGAUAGUUCAAAAAUGAAGUUUUUGUAAAAUGCGGCUGGUUUUAGUGAUAGUAAUAGUGAAGACAUUUUGAGUAAUUGGAUGUAUAAAUUAUUUUUUAUCAAGCCAAUUUAUAAAGUUUCGAUUUUUAAUGCUUCAAUAUACACAUGAAAACGACAUGAAAAUAGAAAAUUUUCAGAUUUUAGGGUCGUAUUUAAAGUAUUUUACGGUUUCAGGGUAUGAAGAAGUACUUGAGAAACACUACAAGGGCCCCUAAGAUCGCCCCUAUAGGGACUACUAACUAAAACCCCCCUAUAAGGACCACUUUUGCAAGCUUUAGUGGUCCCUAUAGCGGAUUCACGGCUGACCUGAGCCAUCGGAAAAAGGGUCCUGACACGAUAAUGCACGAGAUAGUGCCUGGCUCGUGGAGAGCCCAGACAGGCCACGCCCCCUUAGCGUCCCAAGCUAGCCGUGAAUCGAAUAUAUCUGCUUGGUAAAUUUGUCCCUAGAAGAGACCCUCCAAGGGCCCCUAAGAUUGCCCCUAUAGGGCCCACUCUGGAGUUUCUAAGUUCACGGACUAUUUCUGAAUUUUUAGUAUGAACUGUGGCGCCUUGGCUCGCGGCGUCGUUUUCAAAGAUUUCGAGAUCCAAAUCGUGUCCGAGGAGACCGCCGAACAUAUUCAGGUUCAUUCUCAAGGAAUCUAAGCUGAAAACUCGUAAUUAUCAUUUUCAGUCGGACUUAACCCGACAACGGCUUCUCCAGCACCCCGGACCCAUCCAAUUGGCCCCUUCAGCCGCUCUUUUGGCGAUGAAACCGACGUCUGGAACUAAACGAAGCAAUGCGUCGAGUCAAGCCGGUAUAUUACUCUUUUUAGUACCGCAUGACCUUGUAGAAGGCUUGAGAUAGACUAGGAAAAAGAUUUUGGCAGAAUAAAGAAAAGUUUCUGAAAAAUGAAAUUUGUUAUAGACAGAUACUGGACCAUGAUACUAGAUUUCCCUAGGACCUCGUGCAAACCGAUUCUGAAGCACUAUGUAGUGGGCACUGAGAGGUCGGACGACAUCGCUAAAGUCCCUUGUAGGAAAUGCUCAGGAAACCGCGAGGUGCGAUACCCAUGUCCGAGUCCUGUGACUCUUUGUGACUCUCUCUGCGCCUCCCUGUCUCCUCGACGACCCUCUCUUGUUGACGCGCCGUAUUUUCGCGUUUCUCCGCGCUGGUGUGAGGGAACAUCAGAGAGACGCAGACAUCGCGAAAACUGAAGCGGAUGUACUAUGAUAGUUUUGAAAGGUCCUUCGAUUUCUAAGUAAACAAUGUCAGAUCGCUUGAAAAUGCGAUAAUAUUGUCUCAAAGUGGUUUUCUAUAUUAGAGAAUUUGAAUUUUUCUCUCAUGGCUCUAGGAGCUAUACAGUAGCCAUCAUUUUGAGUGUCUUGAAACAUUUUAGAAUUAUUGAUCUGACGUGUCUUUUCGAGCCUGGACAGUUGAAACAGACGCUCAGAAUGGUUUGAGUUUUCAUUAGGUAAAAUUCGAAAAGCUAAAAAUAUGAUAAGAGUUUUACUGAAUUUAACCUGUACUGAUCGAGUUUUACUGAACUAUAACCUGUACUGAUAAGGGUUUUACUGAAUGUAUAACCUGUAAAAGUUUGGUAACGGUUGCGCUUUGGAAUUCACUGCAUGAUUUAAAAGCGUUUCAUUGAAUUUUAGGUCAUAAUUUUUCCCGAUUCUAGCUUCAGGAUAUAUUUUUUUGCAUUUUCUGACUUAUGCUUUUCAGAGACUACUCAUGCUCUUUUAAAAAUAUUAAUUGAAGUCUCAAAAUUAAGACACGGCCAACAACACGGCGCACAAGAAAAGUGACGUCAACAGCAAGGAGAGCGUCAUUAUCUACCCGAUUUACAACAGCAAAAACCGGUAAUUUUCUGAUUUUUUUCCGGGAUUUUAUUCGAUUUUCCGUAUUUUUCAGGUACUGGGCAGCGACCUAUCCCCAUUUGCUCUGCACAACUCGACAGAAAGGACGACAUUCCACUCAUAGUUCCUUCCAAGUACCCGAAAAGCAAUAAGAAAACCUUGGAAAAAAAAAAAACAAUAUUUCAGGACUUAUCCCCAUCCGGCGCCAUGGACAAGUCCAACGGAAAACGGCCCAUUUUCUACUUCCACAUUAAAGCCACCAUGUUCAGGUUGGUGUCAAGGGCGCUCCAUUGAUAAUUCAGCCGAUUUUCAGUCCUUCUGGACGAUUUGCGACGGCGCACACCUUGUCAUUGCCUUUCACCAUUGCGACGAGGAGAAAUCAGGUUAUUUUUUGCAAAAAUUGAAUCAUAUUUGUGUUCCCGUGUCACCUUUUUCCACAGGAAAUCGGGUGAAAAUCAAAUUUUCAAUGUAGUCGAAAGGUUAUAAUCCUUGAAAAGACUCAAUUUUAACUCCAGAGUGGCCUCUAUAGGGGCAAACCUUAAGGACCACCAACCUCUAUAGUGACUACUAAAGCUUGAAAAAGUGACCCCUAUAGGGGACAUGCCUCUAACUUCAAGGGAAGAAGCAUUUCCAUGGGAAAAACUGAAUAAAUGAGCAUUUUUUCGAAUGAAAUUGAGAGACCCCUCCAGGGGCCACUUGAGCUUCAGGAGCUAAGAAGUCAGACCCUAAACCCCUAUAGAGACCACCUUAAUUUGACCCCUAGGGCCACUCUUUUUCUAACUUAUAGUGGUCUCUACCACUACUAGGGACUCGGAUCACCUGACUCCUAAGACCAGUCCGAUUUCUUGAAAACUUGACUUUGAAAUUUUUGAAGAUUUUCUACUGAAUUGUUAUUUUUUAGUCAAUUUCAAGCUUCAGAGAGACAAAAAAUAGCUUCUCGAUGUUUUUCUCAAGGGAAAUGGGUCCAUUUGAACCCAACCCUUCAAUGAAAACCAAUAAUUUUUGCAGGAUUGCCAAGUUCAACGGAUGAUGUCCUCCUACACGGCGACGAUAUUCUGGCUAUACGGUUGUAACAGUCAAGACGGCCUCCUGUUGAAUUGGAUCGAAUCCGGUAUUGAUUUGCCUCCCAAAAAGUUUUUGAGGUUAGCGUCCUCUAAAAUCGUUUGGUUUGAAAAUAGGUUAAAAACUAGUUUUGGAGCAAAAUGAGUCAUUUCUUUCAACUUACCAUUUCUGAAAAAUCAAUUUUGGAACUUUUUCUGAUUUUUGAACUUCUCUAGGAAUGCACUGGGACCAGUUCAAGCACCUCUACAAGCAGCACUCUGCAAGGUGAUAAUAUUUGAAAAUUUAACGAACUUAUUAAAAAGUUCAAAGAAGAUUCUGUAGAUUUUGGCCUCAUUCCUCAUCAAAAUAAUCGUUUUUCAAGGUCAAAUGCGGAUGUCCAACGUGACUUUGAUCGAUGGGCGAUUUCCUGACCUUUUGAAGGCUACAAGCUCAGUAGUCCAGAUUGUCGUUCCGGACGCGAUGCUUCAGUCAAUGGCGUUCAACGUCAGUUUGAUGAUUUAUAUACCGAAACGAAUAUAUAAACAAUUACAAUGAAAGAGCAGAGUCGAUUUUGCGCGUGAGUCGUAUUGUAGCCCAGUGCAAGCGGUGUAUGCACAAAGUGUUAGAUCUCACGCGCAUAUUCUUCGAGUUUGAUCUGGGUAUAUGUCAGAGCUGCGAAAAUCGAGCCUCCUCGCUGUUUGAGAUAAACUGCCAGCGAAAAAUGGGCUGCCGAAGAAAUUUGCAGAGAAAAAUCAGCUGAGAGGAAACGAGCUGCGAAAAUUUCGCCCGCCGUUGGCAGUGUUAAUCGCGCGACUCUGCGCUCCAUCGAGAACAGUAAACCGAAUUUCGUCCAUUUCGCGCUCAUUAGUAUCUAAAAAUAUAGUUUUUCUUGUUUUAUGUUGAAUGAUUUCAAACUACAUCGUUGUUGAAUCUUUUGAAAGCAAUUACUGAAAAUGUCAGAGUGACAAAACAUACAGAAAGUGACUAGCAGGAUAGUAAAAUUAUCUACAUAAUUUUUCUCCCGAUUUUGCGUUAGCGAACCAUUUAAAAUUUCUAUUUGCUCCGUUGCGUAUUGUAAAAUGAUGAGCAUAACAGAAAUAUCAGUUUAUUAAAACCUAGAACAAAUAGUGAGCAUGAUACAGGGUUUUCCGAUGAAAAUUGUCUUUAUCUUCGUGAAGUUGCGGAACCAAUACUGAACUUCUCCUCAUCGCAAGAAAUCAAUCCACUCUGAUUGCUUUUAAGCGUCCUGAAACCUCAUUAUUGAAAACGUGCGACUUUAUAGACUGACUUCGCCCGAUUUCAUUCGACGCAAGCGGAAAUUAAAUAAACUUUUCUGCACGAAAUCACAACAAAAUGAAAAAGAAAAUGGAUGAAAACAACAAGAAAGAUAACAAAAUAAUGAUUUUCCUUUGAAAAUUCAAAAUCUGUCAUCGCGCGCGUUAUCGGUGGAGCCGCAAUAUGUAGUCAACUAUUUUGCCAACGGUGGGCCACCCUCGCAGCUCGCUUUUCGCUGGCAGCUUUUGACAAGCUGGCUGUCUAUCAUCAGCUCAUUUUUCUCUAGCCGCCUGAUUUUCAACAGCUCUUGACAUAUACCCGCAAAAUUUUGCCAAAUUCUCUCUUUUGAUGUCGCUUUAUGUUGUUUUUAAUCUAUUUUCGAAUCGUUUACUAAUUUUUAGGGUUCCUGCGGAUCACUCUGAUACUGUAAUCAGAGAUCUCCUGAUUGGCGUAAUUUCGUCUACAAAGUCUCUUUAAAAAUAGAAAUUCUUUGUUUUGCAUCGCUGAUCGUCGUGCCGAUGGAAAUCUCACUUCAGAGAUCGUGACGUUCAAGAACGUACUUCAUGUCCACAUCUGCGGUACGAAUGUGGCAGUACAAAACGUCAGAUUUUCGGUAAAUAAAUAAUUAAGAAAAACUUCUAAAUUUUUCUAUUUUCAAGGUUUGGCGAGGAAUGUUGGAACUGCUCCAGAUUUUCCACGACUCGAGUGAAACAACGUCAGAAAGUUGUGAAAGCAUGGACUGUUGCUAGGAUUCUUAGAGUUUGAAGAGGUUUUUUUAACUUCUAGGGACUUUCGAAAGGCGCAAGCUCAUUUAAUUCACAACAAAUUUUUAAAUUUAAGAGGAAAAAAAUUGAAUUUUCAGGUCGACAAUCUUCUGGCCAAGCACAAAAGCGCCCUCAUCAUGCGGCUUUCCUUUCGUUACUGGAGGUUUAUCAAUGUAAUUAUGACAUUUUGACGGAUAUAUUGUUUAGGGAACAAUUUGCUUCACUGUCAAGUCGACAGCACACACGAUUGAUGCCAAUGCGACGAAGCCACUACAUUUGGAGCCGUUGGAUUUGAAAAGGCUACAACAGAAAUGCCUCAAGGAUUAUUUGAGAGAUAUCGCUGAUGCGGAAAAGGUUGGUAUUUUCGGUAUUUUCCGAACUUUUUCUUAUAUAUAAAGGUUAGAUUCAAGAAUAUUGAUUCAUUAAAGUUGGUCUUUCGGCGAAAAUUUUUGCUUUUUGCUAUUUUCCCUGCUUGAGGUUCUAUAUUUUUAAAUAGUCAAAGAUUUUCUGCUGUUAUAGAAUUUAAAUUUAGAUAUACUUCAAAAAAAAAGCUUUUUUUCUUUCCCUUCAGAAGUUUCAGCCUAAUCACACUCGAACGGUCGGAGAAUGUUAAAAUUGUGAAAUACAAUUAUCUUUAAAAUUUUUGGAUCAUCAGCCUAAUACAUAUGUAUACAUCGGUUUUUUAGUAGUUUCACUCAAUUUGGUUCUUGAAAAUGGGUUAAAUAUGUGAAUCUUUGAAUCUUUGUAUCUUUGUAGUCCAAUGAUAGAAAUUUGGUGCUUUAUGAAAAUUUUCAAGCUUUCAAACUCAGCUACUGUUUAUUUUUAUAAUUCGAAUUUUGUGUUGCAUAUACCUGCCUUAUCAUCUGAAACCUUCAAAUUCCAGGUCAAAUACAUCGUCAACGCCAAUCUGGAAGUCGUCCGGAUCAGCGAAGUCCUGGCGCAGCUCGGCGAGUCUCAGGCCUCCAAUGGCACCGCCGAAAGUCGGGACAUCUCCAGUAACAUCACUCACGUCGGCGACAUCGACACCAUGCAGCAUAUCAGGUUUGAAAAUAAGAGAAUAGAAGAAAAAAACCAUCCAGAUUCACAGCGAUGCGAAUAGCUGUCGUCACCUGUAAGGUCAAGCCACCUUCCGCCGAUUUCGACCAGCUUGAUGACGAUCGCGACCGGUUCGACGUCUUUUGAUCAACUCCUACAAAAUCGAAUAUCUUUCAGAGGCUUGAGCGGUCGGAUCUUCACGUCACAGGAGGACGACUUCUUGCGCGAGCUCGUCCAGCUCGCCAACUACCACGGCAAGACCAAGCAGGACGUCCUGGACGCCUUGGACUACGUGCACGACACCAGGUUCACGGCGACGAGGAAGACGUCGUCGCUGUACGAUGGGUCCGCGGGGGGAGCGACUUCUUGCCUCGUCACGCCAGUUAUUUCGCCACGGCCGCCGAAGGUGAGUGGACAUAUGGAUUUGAUGACGUCAUUCCAGAAAAUUGGGUUGGGUAUGACGUCAUGCGUUUCCUUUUUAGGGCUUCUGUUAGAUUUUGAACGAAAUUUAAAACAGAACUUCACGGUUUUUGUGCUUCUUUUGGCUCCAUUCCAACUUCGAGUUUUUUCAAACUUUCAAUUUAUACCUUUUCAGUUCCAGCCGCCGUCACAGUUACCUUCGCCUAACUCCGCGACUCCGCCCCUCUCCUACAGUAAUCUCUACGAUCACCCCAACACCUUCGAGUACUAA